AUGGAUUCACAAACCCCUUACGUUUACGACACAAUCCAACCAAAUCAAAUCCGGCUUUUGAGGUUUAUACCAACCGAGAACGGCACAGCUCUCAUACUGGAACCUUUCUCUCUCGAUGAGCCGAUUCCCUCAUAUCGUUGCCUUUCCUACACAUGGGCUUGCCCCGACAGGGGUAUGCAGAAAACCUGGAGUCUGAAAGUAGGAUCAGGGCAUAUUCGAGUCCUUGAUUCUCUCCAGUCCUUCAUUCAGGCACUGAGGCAUAAGGGCAAACUGUUUGAGGGCAGGUGGUGGAUUGAUUUCCUAUGCAUCAACCAAGCCAACCUGGAAGAACGGUCUCAACAAGUCACACACAUGAAGGAUAUCUAUCACAAUGCUGAAGAAGUGGUCAUCUGGCUGGGAGAAGAGUCGAAUGACAGCAACCUUGCCGUCAACUUCAUCAAAAUGCAUGACAAGUUCGAACAACAAGGCAACAGUAUUGAGCAAAUUCGUAAAGCGUUCAACGGGGUGGGUGAAUAUACGGCACACUGGAUAGCGCUGUCCAACUUUCUGUCUCGCAAAUGGUGGUCGAGAAUCUGGACAAUACAAGAGUUUGCAGUGCCGUUGAACAUCAUCUUCUGGGUUGGUCUGGACGAGGUUAGCAAGCUCGCUGUAUGCCGAAGUAUCUUCAUCGCAGACAAAUGCACUCAAUCAGGCAUCAAAGAAACCAUUGCAUUUCGCUACGGCUUUAAUCGGAAAAGAGCUUGGGACUUGUACAGGGCUGAUCCGAAAGGCGUCCGUUCGGGGCGGACUCUGCUAGCGCUCACUGCUUACUUCUGCUUCAUGGAUGCAACCGACGAUCGAGAUCGUUUGUAUGGCCUCAUGGCUCUAUCGACCGACGGGAAUACGCUUUUGGACGUCGAUUACUCACUCACUUGUGAAGAGGUGUACAUGAAAUUUGCAAAGGCUUUCAUCACCAAACACAAAUCCCUAGAUAUCAUAUGCUUCGCCGGAAUAUACAGCGCGGCAUCCAGCUCUUCGCUGCCAUCUUGGGUGCCUGACUGGCAUUGGAGAAAUGCAUUCCAUGUCACUCCUUUAAUGGUCAGUCAGUCUCAUAACAAGCAGAUCGGGAAUCUUCGGGCGCCCCAAUCCAUUACAGAUGAGCCCUGUGUAUACUACGCGGCGUCAGGCAACAGACCUCCUACCUAUGAGUUUCAAGGCUCUAAGCUAUGCGUGGGAGGAGUUAUUUUGGACACCAUCGAUGGAAUAGGCGGCUCUGCCAAUGCAACAUUUGUCCAAAGUUCAAACAACUCUAUCCAAGCAUCAGACAAAACCGCAAAGCCACUAUCGUCAACGGACAUACUGAAGAGCAUAUGCAAAGCCUUAGUGUGGGACCGCAAAGAUCGCUUCUUGAUGUUCGAUAUGCCUGCUGAAGAGUUCUUCUACGACUUCAUACGUCUCUGCGCACCGCUCGCGGACCCCGACUCACAAACAACCGUCCUUCCUGAAUUGAGGGAAUGGUUCCAGCGGACAGCUUCCCUCCAAAUCUACGGACGAUCCUUUGAAAGCAUUCUACGUGACAGUAGUCAAACAGGCAUCGACUUCUCCGGUCCGUCUCCAAACGAUGACGAAUACAUUCAGGACUCCUUCAUUGGUCGAUUCUUCGAUACAAUCAUAAGACUCUCCACGCGUCUUACUGUAACCGCUUCUGGUCGCAUUGGCAUGGUCGGAGAGAAAGCGAUGAAGGGCGAUCUAGUCUGUAUUCUCUACGGCUGCAGCGUUCCUGUCCUGCUACGAAAGUUAGGUGACAGCGACGAUUUCACUUUUGUGGGUGAAUGUUUCCUUGAUGGCUGUAUGGAUGGUUCGAUUCUGGAGCAGGAAGAACUCGCAGAGAAGACAUUCUGCGUACAAUAG